GUGACACUAAUGAAAAAGUUAUGCAAGAAAAAUGUGACUAUAUUGCAAGGAGGAAUACAAAAUACUUUUUUGUAAUAAGUAUUCUCACAGCGUUAGCAGUAACAUUCGGUGGAUUAAUUAAGGCUCAGGAUAAUAUUACCUUACCGUACAAAGCAUCAUUUCCAUAUGAUUAUAACAGAAAAUGGCCAUUCUAUUUGACGUAUAUUUAUCAAACAUUAUUUGUUUUCAUGGCUUGUCUCGUGACCGUUGGAUUCGAAACGUUUUUCAUGACAAUGAUAAUACAAAUUUGUUCUCAAUUGGACAUCAUAUUUUACCGUCUGCAAAGUUUGCCAUUAAUGUUCACAGCUAACACUAAGACUGUUAUAUUCAGUAGAAAGGAGGCUAAGAUUAUCAAGAAAUGUGUAAUGCAACAUAAUUACGUUUACAGGUUUUGUGGAAAACUGAACAGUAUUUUUGGUGCUGUACUUGGUUUUCAAUUGUUUGGGUCGAUUUUAAAUAUUUGUACUCUUAUAUACAGUGUAUCGACAAAGAAUGUAAUUAAUGACAGGACUGUUAUACAGAGUAUGGCACUGGCAUCUGUUCUAUUCCAACUAUUUCUUUAUUGCCAUUUUGGACACGAGGUGAUGGUAAAAAGUUUAAAAGUAGCUGAUGUAAUGAACAUGAUGGAUUGGACAGUUCUGACAAAGAGUACACAACAGCAUCUUCUGUUAAUUUCUAUACGCGCAAGUCGUCCAAUAAUUAUAAUGAGCGGAUCAAUUAUUCCAGUCACAUACGAUACUUUUCUCUCGAUAUUAAAAACAUCUUAUACAGCUUAUAAUUUAUUGAAGACGAUAAAUGCGUAACGGAUGGUACGAACGGCUGCUGGAAAAUAAUCAACUGGAAAAACUUAUCAAUGAGUGAAUGUAUGAUGAACUAAAUAUAACAAAUAUCACGAAGGCAUAAAUGAAAGAAGAAUUGCAUUCACCCAGGAUUGACGAUAUUCCAAUCAUCCUUAAUAUUCUGAUAGAUCUGGAAAAUUAUUAACCCACGGCGAACGCCGAAAAUAGUCCCGAAAUACUCGAAUUGCGUGCUUAAAUUAAAAGGAUCAGGAAAGGAUCAGGUAUGAUCCUUUCCUGAUCGAAUUGCUUCCCUUAUGGUAAUUAGCGGCGUAUGGUAAUUGAAAGUGCAGACUAUGGAAUUACUUGUUAUUGCUACUGGGUGGCUACUGACUUUAGGUUUACAUUCUUCUUCUACAAAAUUUACGAAAACGAUUGAAUUUAUCAUUCUAAUUAAAAUUCGAUAGUUAUCAGCAAACCAACCAACCUUUGAAUUUGUACAGCAAAUA